AUGCAGCAACAAGAAACGGCAUCUCUUACAGACUCAGAAGCUGAAAAUGAUGAAUCCUCUCGAGCAGAAGAAGGAACAGCCCAAGGAUCUAACGUUGCCGGUGCCAUUUUCAAUUUCACGAAUGCCAUUGUAGGUGCGGGCGCAAUUGGUCUUGGUGGAGCGAUUGCGGCGUCGGGGGGUUUCGUUUCGAUAGCGCUGAUAAUCUUCUUUGGCUUGCUGACCAAGUUGUCACUAGAUUUGGUCAUUCGACUCUCGCUCGGUAUUGAAGAUCAAUCCUAUGAGGGUUUGGCAGCGGAAGGACUAGGUCGUACAGGCCGAGUGACAGUCCUCAUUUGUAAACUGUUUUAUGCAUUUGGGUGUCUGGUGGCAUACAUUGUUGUCAUCAGGGACAAUCUGGCGCCUGCUCUGGGCCAUUUGAUCUUUGGCUCUAAAUCAACUUCAAAAGCAUGGUUCCAUCACAUCUUGGACGAGCCGUCAUCGUUCACGUGGAUGAUAUCCCUUACUAUGAUUCUACCGCUUUGCUUGCUGAGAGACAUGACUCCAUUGGCGAGCUUCUCUGUCGUCAGCUUGGUGUCGAUGGUUUCCAUUGUUGCCAUUGUGAUGUACAUUUAUUUUGGAUGUCCAGAUAUCGGAGAGCCAUCGACAAGUUUUUCCAAGGAUUGGCUGGAAAUUCGGCCUGGGAUCAUAGAGAGUUUGGGAACAUUUGUUUUUACUUUUGUCUCGCAGCAUACUGUUCAUUUGGUCUUUGGCUCGCUAAAGCCGAAUCUACAAACACUGGAUAACUUCAAGAAGGUGUCAUCGUGGUCCCUAUUUACAGCUACCUCAAUCUCUGUAACGGUGGGAUUAUUUGUUUACAUGACAUUCUGGGACAAGACGGAAUCUGAUAUCUUUGAUAUUUAUCCUCAAAGCUGGAUGAUAGAUGUGGCGAAAAUUCUGUUGUGCACGACAAUGGUCCUGACGUUCCCACUUCCUUUAUUUACAUGUCGGGAACUUCUCAUUGUAGUACUUGUUCAUCCGUGCAUCAGAGAGGACAACAGUUCUAGUAGCGCGAUUGAUACUGAUCCACAAUCUGAACUGUUGGAGCCUCUUCUCGAUUCCAAUGAGGAUGUGGAAGGAGGAAAUGAGAUUCAGGAAGAAAAUGGUGAUGACCAAAAUGGUGCACCAGCCACAUCAUCAGAGCCUUCGAUCCUGAACCAUUUGAAGAGCAUUGCAACUCCGAGAAAUUGGCUACUUCCUGAAGACAGCAGACAGCUGCGGCUCGUUGGCCAUGUCUUCCUGACGACUUCUUUGUGGUUUGUUUGCACAGGGCUUGCCAUUGCUGCUCCCAAUCUUGGUGAUGUUCUCGAUCUUGUGGGAUGUUUUUCGGGCACAAUCAUUGCCUUUAUCCUUCCGGGUUUAUUGGCUAUGCGGCUCGAAGGGUACUCGUGCCUUGCUUUGCUACUUUUGAUUGUUGGGGCCUCUGUGGGCGUCAUUGGAACCUACUUCAGUGUUCAAAAGCUUUAUGUCGAUCUUUUGUGA